AUGGGUUGUUCACAAUCAAAAUCUAAACUAUUGUUGAUCAAAGCUAUGGGACCGGAGUCUCGUCCAAGAUCUAUUAAAUUACAUUUAUCACCUAAUCAUCAAUCAGAUCGUAUCGUCGAAGAUUAUUUCAUUAUUUGGUUUCUCGAUGAUUCUUCUAUAGAAGUUAAAAAUCAAGAAGCUAAGUUACGUCAUGUCGUUUCCACUGUAAAAAUCUUCCUCACUGUACUGACUAUGGAAUCAUUUCUUGAUUCAAUGCGAAAUUUACCUCGAGUUGAAAAAAUUUACGUUCUCGACUCGUCUUUUCACGAUGCCGAAAAAACUAUGGAUCUUGCUGUAUCAUCGAAUAUUUUUUAUAAUAUUGAUAAUCUUUGCAAACAAUGA